AUGUCUUCGCCUCUCAGUAAAAAGAAGCCUGUGCCUUCACCUGAUAUGUCCAGUAAAGUGGACAUACCAAUUAUACUCAUUACUGGAUUUGGAUCAUUUCGAAAUGUUUUAGUCAAUCCAUCUUGGGAAGUUGCUAAAGCGUUGAAAUGGUACGUGGAAUGGGAUAGGCCUGUUCACAUUAUUCUACAUCAAAUGCCGGUUGAAUAUAAUAGCGUCAAUACAAAAAUUCCAGAAUAUUGGCUGAAGUAUAAUCCAACACUUGUUAUUCAUUUGGGUGUCUCACCUGGUGCUAAGGAAAUACGGUUAGAAAAGUAUGCUCAUAAUACCAAUUAUGCAGCACUUGAUAAUUUGAAUACAAUUCCGGAAAAUAAAUGUUGCAUAUGUGAUGCUCCUGAAGAAAUUUGCUCACAAUUACCGUUAGAAAAUGUUUGUGCAUUUGUCAAAAGAAAAUCUAGUUUACCAAUAGCCGUAUCGGAUGAUGCUGGAAGAUAUUUAUGUGAAUUCAUUUAUUAUCAGUCAUUAUAUAUUGAUUCGAAACGUUGUGUAUUUAUUCAUGUACCAUGUUUGGACGAAAAUAAGUUUACCACCGAACAUUUAGCGGAGACUAUCCAACAAGUUGUUUACGAAUUACUUCGACAUGUUGAACCUCUACCGGUCCUAAAUAGCAAUGGACAAUAUGGUAAACAACAUAAUACAACGAAAAUAAUAAAUACAAAGCCUGUAACACUCAAAUCUUAA